AUGGAGCACCCAGCAGACCCCCAGGCGCUGGCAGCAGCAAAAUUUGAGACGUGCGGAACGCGCCGACAAUUGGCGGCACGGCACUUGGUUGGGCUUGGGGUAUCGACGGAAGCUGAAAAGGUCGGCGGCGUUGGCCACGGUCAAGCACCUGCGGGGGAGGCAUCGUCGCCAUUUCACCCAAGACAUGUGCCGGGGGAUGGUGACGCCACAGGUAGUUGA